AGAGAGCGAGAAAGAGAGAAAAAGAGAGUCAAUAGAGAGAAAAAUAAAAAUUUCCAGCGGCGUCGGUGGAUUUGGUAUUGUUCUGAACGCUGCGCCGCAGUUUCGAGUUUUUGCCUGUUUUAUUCCACUCCGAUUUGUUAAAAGAAAAGCAAGCGUUACAUGUCAGACAUGCUGAAAAUGGCAAAUGUUGCAAAUCCGCUGCAAACAAUGAAGAAAACAAACGGGGACGAGGAUUCCGAGGAGUCUGAUAUGGAAGAUCAGGAUGAAGAGGAGGAGGAGGACGAUCUCCCUGACGAUGUGGUGCUCCAAAUCGACAGCGAAGAUGAGGCAGAACUGGAAGCGCAGCGCAUCCGCUUGGUGGAAGAAGAAGCAGCAAAGACAACAAAAAUUGCAGAGAAAGAGCAACAGCAACAAAAAGAACAACAACAAGCGCAGGUCAGUAACGGUAACGAAGAGCAACUGGAGGAAACUGAAAAGCCCAACAACAAUAGUAAACGUAAGGGCCGUGGAAGACCCAAACGCAGGGCUUCCACUAGCUCGCAGGCUUCCAGUGCGUCCAUUGCGUCCAUAGCUUCCCUCGCUUCCAGUGCUUCCCUGGUGGCAGCACAAGUUCUUGCGGAUGAAAAGUCACGCCGCUUCAUAUACAGCUGCUCCAGCUGCACUCACCACUACGCCGAUAGCGUGAUCCUCUCGAGACACUUCCAGGCGGAGCAUGCCGAGAAGCCGAAGAAGAAACGUGGUAAAACCAAAAGGGGUUCCGUGGAAGAACCUCAGCAUAUAGCGACACCCCUGACCCUUGACCCUUUGGAACUGGGUCACCUCAAGCCCUGUGCCCAGUUGCUCGUCCAAGGGGAAUCCCUGCUGCAGCUGUGUCUCGCCUGCAACUCACAGUUUGUGGAUGAGGUACGUUUCCAGGAGCAUCUCAGCCAGCAACAUGGUUAUUUUAAGCUACUGGUGCCCAAGGAGGAGCCCACCGAUCUCCCGCCUCAGGCCAUGGUCACCAUUCCGGGUGCUUUGGCCCUGAGCAAGGCCAAUUCCCAGCUUCAGCUGCCCAUUCCAGCUCCAGAAACUCCGCCACCCGAGCAGGAUGCCAAGGAAUCGCCAACGAAUACCGGGACCAAUGACAAGGAGGAUCUGGCCUUAAUCAACGCCAUGGUUGCCGAGAUUGCAGCCGACCGGGUGAAGAAAACCAGCAGUCCCAAAGUCAGCAAGAUGAUUAUCAAGCUGCCCAUGUCCAACAAAAGAGGUAGGAAAAGGUCCAAACCCGAGAAGAUCAGGGAUGGCAAGGAGAAGUCUGAGAAGAGCCGCGAGAGGAAGCAGGAAAAGCCUAAGAAGAAAAAACUCGAUGUAGAGGUGGAACAUCAGCCGGAACCAGAGUCGGUAUUCGUUGCGAAAGACCAACAAAAGCCUGCAAAAUCGGAGAAAGAAGUACAGCCGUCGGAUGAGAAAAUUGAAAAAGAGUCCAAGCUUUCAGAGAAAGUGGAAAAAAAAGACCUGCCGCUACCGCUAGGAAAUUCUGCGAAGGAUCAACAGUCGUCGGAGAAAAAUGGUACGGAGCAGCACGUAAUACCAAAAGCUACAACAGAUAUGCAGCCGUUGGCCAAUGAUUUAAAAGGGGAGUCGACGCUGAAUAAGUCUGUAAAGGAUAAAAACUCUACGGAUAAAGACUUAAAGGAGAAACCGUCACUGGACAAGCCUUCCAAAGACAAACAAUCGCUCGCAAAAGCAGUUAAAGCAAAGCAACUCCUGGAGGAAGUUGUUAAGGAGAAGCAGGCGCUUGAAAAAGAUUCACAAGGUCUAAACAAAGAUGGUAUUGAGACACAGAAGCCUAGUAAAGACGAUCCACAAAAACUGAAGAAUGAUAACGAUGAGACACAGCUGCUUAAAAAAAUUGAUAAAGAGACGCAGUUAGAAACACCAGGACAGAAUCUUGUCCAGCUAGAAAAAACAGUAAAUCCGAGACAUGCAGAGAAAGAGCAGCAGCGAAAUUCAGACAAAACGCAGAAGGAUCAGCAGCAUCCGGCAGAGGAACCCAAUAAUCCAACAAAGCGCAAGCGCGCCCGUAAAGAGCGCAAGUCGCCUACACCCGUACCCGUCCGGCUUGAAGACAAAGAGAUCAAAGAGGAGUCAGAGCCACUAGAGCGGCGCACGCGCAAGUCCCGUCACCAGGUGCACUACGUGGUGGAUAUCAAAGAUGAAGAGGAGGAGAAGGAAGACGACGAGGAAGAGGAGCCUGAGGUGGAUGACGACUCCUCGGCCACUAUUUCGCCGCACAACAGCUCAACGGACGGCAGUUUUACAUCGAUCAAACGUGAGUCAUCCGAAGAGUCGCUGCGCAAUGGAACUGGAGGCAUACACACCUGCAAUUUCUGUGGCAAAACAUUCAAACGUUUCUCGAGAAUGCAGGAUCACUUGCGGCUUCAUACUGGAGAGAAACCAUAUGUUUGUGGGCAGUGCGGCAGGGCCUUCCGCUUGAAGAUGCGUUUGGUGGAGCACCAACUGCGUCACCGCACAGAAAAGGCGUACAAAUGCGAUAUUUGUUCAAUGCCAUUAGCCACCAAACAGGAUUUAUCGCUGCACAUGCGUCAUCAUAAGAACGAUCGGCGCUACAAGUGCGACAAGUGCAACAAGGGAUUUGUUCGCAGCUCAGACUUGUCUAUCCACGUGCGGAUUCACACAGGAGAAAAGCCGUAUAGUUGCGAUCUGUGCGGCAAGGCGUUCCGUGCUCGCCAGAAUCUGGUGGUACAUCGACGCACUCAUCUCGGCGAUAAGCCCAUUCAGUGCGAGCUGUGCGACAAGCGUUUCGCUCGGAAGAUCGACAUGCGGGUUCACAUGCGCAGACACACAGGUGAAAAGCCGUACAACUGUAACGCUUGUCAGCGUGGCUACUCUUCCCGUGUGAAUCUGUUGCGCCACCAGGAACGUGAGCACGGUGAGGAGGAGAAGACCUCUGGUUCUGUCAAAGCAGAAAAGAAAAAACCAGAGCCGGCGAAGGAGACGGAGGCGGAAAAUCAACCCAAAGCCAAUCCAGCGCCUCGACGUCCGCGACGCGAGAAGCUGCAGCAGAAGAUAGCGGCCCAGGAGAAACUACUGGAUGACCUGAAACGCAGUUUGAGUGCCUUGCCAGAAAUCUCCGAGGAGUCAUCACAGGCCAAACUUGAAUUGCCAGCAGAUGGGGGAGCAGGGCAUGCCCAAGUACAGGUCACAGUGUCCAUGCAAAUGGAACCAGCACCAAAUCUCGAAGACGAUGAGGAGAUCACACCAGAAAAGGAGAACGCUUUGUCAAGCUCAACGACCGCCGAUAGCAAGACAAAGGCGAAUCGGAAGAUCACCAGCUACUUCACUGUUGUAGGUCAGCAGGCGGAAAUCUAAAGACUUAAGUUCAGGGUCAGCAACACUUCUUACUCAUUACCUUUUAAGAUGCCACUGUACUUGGAAAUGAUGGAGACAUUUCCCUAGCGUAGCAUACACCUCGCAAUUUUACUUUUUGGAUUUUCAAUGCAAUCUUGCAGCAGGGAUCAAGUAUUUUCUUUAUAUACUAUUUAUAUAUUUACGAAUUAAUUUUGAGGUUCUACAGAGACGGAUACCCAGGAAAUAUUUAAUGUUGUGAAGGACAUAUAACCGAAAAGAACAAAAAAAGACUACUUUUUAAAAGAAAUAAUGAUAUUUGAUAUACAAAAACCAAGCACGAGACUGCAAAGAGUUUACCAUUAAUAUAUAUAUAUUUUUCUAUAGACAGAGCAACUUUUGUGAACAAAAUAAGUUAAACUAUGUAAAAUACCAAUAAACUAGCAUGUAAGUUAAUAAGGGAAAUGUUUGCAACCUCCAAGCAUCUUCAAUAUCUCGAAAUGUAAUUCCUGAAACUUAAAUUUCAUUUAUACCGAGUUGAAGUCCCUAUCAACGAUUUUUUAUGAAUAAUUUGUAAGCAAACGCUCGGCCAAAUUCAAUCUUAUCGAGCUUCAAUAUCAGCAAAAUAUGAUAUUUAUAAACAAAUGCGCACAACGAUUCAAAUUUUAUUUGCAAACAUUUUCUUUCAUUCCCCUUCGCAUUUAUAAACCGAACAAGUGAAGAAUAUUUUACAAUUUCAUUUAAUUUCACAGCACACAUAAAAUCAAUUGCAAGUCAUUUAGUAUGCAAUUUGUACGAAAUCUCCAACAUAUACUCAAAAUUCCAAAAUAAUUGUAAUUUAAUGAAUAUUUUAGAUUUAUAAUGCAUUAGCAAAUGAAUUGCUCUUGGGAAAAAUAUAUUCUCCCUUGAAAUAAUUUUGCACUAUCUCAGCAAUCUGCUAGCUAUAUUUAUUUUACAUACUUUACUUUAACAUUAAUUUACUUAAUUUCUCGAAUCGUAAGCGUAGUGAAAAGACAAUGCAAAAAGUCAGCAACGUUUUUUUUCUACAUGUUCUGAACGCAUUUUUUGUAAAUUGAACUUGUGGCAGCUUCUCUCAUUCUGUAUUAUCUUAGAGAGUCCAAUGAAUAUACGUUACUUUAUAAUUUCA